AUGAAUGAAUUACAAACUGCGAUUACUCAAGCAAAGGAAGCACUUUCAGGUAACAAUGCUAAGAAGGCGCUAAAGAUCCUAAAGCCCUUCAAGAAAUCAUUGAAAACUGAAAAUUCAUCAAAUCCUAUUUUACUAGAAACCUUUGCUGAUGCUUAUUUGGAAAACGGGCAAGUAGAGAAGGCUUACCCUAUACUUGUCCAAUCAUGUGAGCUGGAUCCUACUGGUGCCAUAGGUGGUGCUAAUAAAUUCUUCACUUUGGGUCAAAUUACUGGAGGUGAAGAUGGUAUUAAAGUUUUGGCUCAAGGUAUUGAAAAUAUGUCCAACAUUGCGGGAGAAAGUUUGACACAAGAACAAACUGAUAAGAUUGUCAGUGGAUUGCUAUCUAUGAUUGAAAUUUGGAUGACCGAUUUAUGUAUGGAACCUCAUGCGGAAAGCCAAUGUGAGGAAUUAAUUGGAAAAGCUCUAGAAAUCUCUGAAAGGAAAUCACCAGAAGCAUUAUUAACCUUGGGGUCCAUUAGAAUUUCACAGCAAAGAUACACAGAAGCGUCUGAAGCAUUUAUAGAAUCAUGGAAUCAAUUUGAAAAUAAGAAGCAAACCAUCGGUCAAAAUAGCGAAGAUAGCAUCACAAUAAAUUCAGAAUAUGUUGAAUUAGUUCAACCUUUAUUAGCCCUUGCUAAAAUGUGUAUUGAGGUGGGUUUAUAUGAAAUCGCCUUAAAAGUUGUAGGAGCUGUAAAAGAAAUUGAUGAAGAUAAUUUAGAAGGCUAUUAUUUGGAGGGUUUCAUAUUUUAUCUAAUCACGAAGGUAGAAUCCUUCAAAGUAGCAAAUCCAACUGUUACUUUAACACCAGAAAACAUCAAUGAAUUCAAUCAACAUAUUCAAGAUCUACCACUCGAUCUCAAUAAUGAACAAUUAAAAGAGAAUAUUACAGAGGCACGCAUAGCGUUAAGUUUUGCUGAAAAGAUAGGUGAACUUUGCGAUCCCAAUGACGAAAUAUCUCAAGAACUUAUUACUGGGAUUAAGGCUUUGUUGGGUGAAUUAGGGGGGAGUAUAGACGGUAAGGAUUUACAGAGAUUGAAGAAAGGUGGUAUAAUGGAGGGCGAAAUCGAUGUUGAGGUUGAUUUAAGUGAAAUAUCUGAUGCAGAAGAGUAA